UCUCAACCCUGCGCUGCUCUACCUGUCGACUGGAUCCAAACCCGUGCGUUAAAGGACUAAAACGACAUUAAAACGACAAGAAAUACAUCGGAAAUAUACGUAACCGCGUGUCUUUGAACUAAAAAUGGACUGAUCCUUGUUUUGGUUUGAAGAUAAACUACUACCAGUAAGAGAGGAAUUCCAGAGAAGAGACUUUGACUGCCAGCCAAGGACAUGGACUGGAAGACCUUCCAAGCCCUUCUCAGUGGGGUGAACAAGUACUCCACAGCGUUCGGCCGGGUAUGGCUGUCUGUGGUGUUUGUGUUCAGGGUGAUGGUGUACGUGGUGGCGGCAGAGAGAGUGUGGGGCGACGAGCAGAAAGACUUUGACUGCAACACCAAGCAACCCGGCUGCGCCAACGUCUGCUACGACCACUUCUUCCCCAUCUCCCACAUCCGCCUGUGGGCCCUGCAGCUGAUCUUCGUCACCUGCCCGUCCUUCAUGGUGGUCAUGCACGUGGCUUACCGUGACGACCGCGAGCGCAAGCACAGGGCAAAGCACGGCGAGGACAGCAAGCUGUACAACAACACGGGCAAGAAGCACGGCGGCCUGUGGUGGACCUAUCUUGUCAGCCUCUUCGUAAAGACGGGCAUCGAGGUCUCCUUCCUCUACAUCCUCCACCGCAUCUACGACAGCUUCUACCUGCCAAGGCUGGUCAAGUGUGAAGUUUCGCCUUGUCCCAACCAGGUGGACUGCUACAUUGGCCACCCCACAGAGAAGAAGGUCUUCACCUACUUCAUGGUUGGAGCUUCCGGCCUCUGCAUAGUCCUCAACAUCUGCGAGAUCAUUUAUCUCAUCUCCAAGCGCAUUGUACGAUGCGGCAACAAGUACAGGAGGCGCAAUCGCACCCUGCCUGUGCAAAAGGACGACUACAGCAAUGACCCCUUUAACAACUGCGAGGAGAAAAUGCCGAGGAAGGAGCUGAAGGACCAGCCUCCAUCUUUUAGGAGUGCAUUCAAGGCUUCGCACAGGCCGUCUAUGCUCAAACUGGAAGAGAAGAUACGAGCGUCUGCUCCUAAUCUGUCUUCCUGAAAUCAAAAGUGCUUGGGCACUAGGACAUUCCUCUGAAAACAGACUCAGAACUACAAGCCAAACUUCAGUAUGUGUCAGACCCUGGAAGUUGACUCAUCAGUACUGGAAUCAUCCUGUGGGCCCCUGUGUCCACAUCCAAGACUCUUUUUGAGCGCAUGAACUUUGGUUUCCAAGUCAACAUCCACAAUAUUUACAAGUCAGCUAGAGCCAAAUUGAUUUGAUAAUGAUAUGUGGGUUUUUCUUUUUUUUAAUACAAUACAGGUCUGUGUGCCUUGUUGACUUCACCCCCUCACCCCUAUUAGAACAUUCCUGUGCGGUUUCUGUCUUUCUUGUGAUUGGAGUUAUGACACGUGAGGGGGAAGAGAAUGAAACACUCACACAAGGAGGGAGGACACACCUGGCAGAGGUAUUCACCCUCCCUGCCAGAGUAUACAGUGGCGUGUCAUGGUUCCACAGAAUCUCUUAUUUAAUGUAACUGAUAGCUUUAAUUUCACCAUUUGUUUGUCCUGAUGGCAUUGAAGAAUGGUAAAUAAUUCUGCAUUGGAGUGUGGACGCUCCAAAGUCAUACAGUUAUGGCUGAGUAAUACUUGAAGGUGUGCAAACUGGCCAAAAAUAUUUUUUUAUUGCAUUUAUUUUCUCAGAUUAGCAGCAAACUAUAUAUCAUCUGUAUAUUUCUUUAUCUAAACGGACAUAUGCUUGGUCUCAGGUUUAUUGUGCACAGUCACAUGCUGUACAUAGGCUGCCUGUGUUUUGACGUGCUCGUACACAACCUUGCCUCAUCCAAGACCACUGUUGAUUUAAAUAAGGCGAAAGGAAUGCUGCUGUUUAAUUCUGUGUUGGUAGAGCUGGAGCACCGAGGAGGAGGUGGGAAGAAGGUUGGACAAACACAUGGCUCAAUUUUUUUUUUUUGCAUUUUUGUGAGUCCCUAAUAGUCCGCUGUGGACGUCAGGAAUGAUGAGGAACGAAAAUUAUGCACUCGUUGUUAAUAAUGUUAUUUUUACAAAACUAAAUAUAUUAAAUUUAUUGAGUAAA